GGAUGCAGCAUGCAGCAGCAGCCGAAGCGAUCGAACCAUCGAAUGCACGAGUAGUCAGUGCGCGUCGUAGAGGUUAUGUUUCUCCCUCUCUCUCCUAUCCCGUGUGUAUGCAUAUUUUGAAUAAGUGAACAAAUCAAACUGGCUCGAUCAUACUCGAUCGUAUAUGUUUUUCGUAUAUGUACGCGGGGAAAGUGCGAUACUUGUCCGAUAAGUCGCGGCGAGAGUGACGUAAGCGUGUGAAUCGACGAGUCAUGUGCAAAUUUAAAGCAUGGUUAUCACGCAACGAAAGAUGAAGCAAGUUGCGAUCUUCACGGUUUGCAUAUUAUUGGCAGUAUUGGGCUUUUAUAGAACUGUCGUGACUACAGAAGAGGAACGAUCUUUCGGCCGCGAUCGACAUCGCGGAGAUAAGAUUAAUUUAGGUGAUAGAAACGAUGUCGUCGAAGUCGCAACUGAAAAGAUUCGCGAUGUCGAGGAGGAGCCAUCCGAUGGAGACAUCAAGAACAUCGAGGAGGCAAAGAUUCGCAUCCGCGAGCUGGAGGGCAAGCUCCAACAUCUCGAGGUGGCGAUCAAAAACGGAGUGGCGAAGGACUUUCCAACAGUCAAGUUUUUGAAUUAUAAGAAUCGAAAGCGAAUAUUGGUGACGGGUGGCGCGGGUUUCGUCGGCUCCCACCUAGUCGAUCGUCUCAUGCUCGCCGGACACGAAGUUAUAGUCGUUGAUAACUUUUUCACCGGCAGAAAACGAAAUGUCGAGCAUUGGGUCGGUCAUGAGAAUUUCGAGUUGGUGCAUCAUGACAUCGUGAGACCGUUGUAUCUGGAAGUUGACGAGAUAUAUCAUCUCGCUAGUCCGGCCAGUCCGCCGCACUACAUGUUAAAUCCCGUGAAAACGAUAAAGACGAACACUUUGGGUACUAUAAAUAUGUUGGGACUCGCGAAACGAGUCGGCGCGCGAGUAUUAAUUGCGAGCACGUCGGAAGUAUACGGAGAUCCUAACGAACAUCCACAAGCAGAAACCUAUUGGGGUCAUGUAAAUCCUAUCGGUCCGCGAGCAUGCUACGAUGAAGGAAAACGAGUUGCCGAAACAUUGAGCUACGCUUAUAUGAGACAGGAAGGUGUUUCGGUCCGAGUAGCACGAAUUUUUAAUACCUUCGGCCCCAGAAUGCACAUGAAUGAUGGUCGCGUCGUAUCAAAUUUUAUCCUCCAAGCUUUACAAAAUAAUUCAAUUACGAUUUAUGGCAGUGGAGAACAAACGCGAUCAUUCCAAUAUGUCUCCGAUUUAGUGGACGGAUUAGUAGCGUUAAUGGCAUCUAAUUAUACCUUGCCUGUGAAUAUCGGAAAUCCCGUGGAACAUACAAUCGAAAAAUUUGCGCGUAUAAUAAAAGACUUGGUGGGUGCUACUAGCAAGAUAGUUGAACUCGCGGCAGUCGAAGAUGAUCCGCAGAGAAGAAGACCGGAUAUUAGUAGAGCCAAAAAAUAUUUGAAUUGGGAACCAAAGGUUCCUUUGGUUGAAGGCCUGAAGAAAACUAUAGUAUACUUUGCUAAAGAGUUGCAAAGAACAAAACAUUUUCAAAAAAGUAAUUCUAAACAGUCUUCUUAUAAAAACGAUCACGAUAUUGUAGAACAACUUUAAAGGAUUAAGUGUAAUGAUACGCGAUUAAUGUAUCCACUUUCAAAGUGGCGUGAAAGUGCCAUUAAGCUAUGGACCAGUAUGUGCCAAACAAAGCCCCGUCCAAUCAAAUUUUACAUAAUUUAUAUAACCAUCGAUACAUUUAUACGCUAAUCUUAUUAAUCAGUCUCUUGAAUUUUUUCCUAAUAAAUAUAUGUUAUGUUCCUCAUAGUAAUAAUUUAAAAUUAAUUUUUUUUCCAUGACUAUGUACUAUAUAAUUUGAUAAUAAUUUUAUUUCAAAUAUAUAUUUUAAAAUACAUAUUUACAAUACAUAAAUAAAUUUAUGUACUAAUAUAUCUUUUACAUAUUUAAAUAUGUUUAAAUAUAUAUCUGAAAAUAUGUUUUCUAUUAUAUUUAUUUCUUUUAUUAUUGUAAUGAAACAUUGUCGAUAUUAAAUUAUCUCAAUGUAUAGAUUCUAAAUAGGAGAUAUAAUUUAUAUCUUUUAACUCAUGCUCAUGCUUAUGCUCUCUGUUCAUUCAUAUAAGUUUCUUGAGUAAAACUGAAAAUGGUGCUGGUGAUAUAAGAGAUUUUUUUUGUAAUAUAUUUUCUUUGUAUAUUAAGAAUCGUAUGUAAUCUCUAUCUCUUGAGUAUAAACAAAUUUACCUAGUUCUUACAUAUAAACUAUGUUUAAAUAUAAUUAUCCAACAUUGUAUCCAUCUUUUAUUUUCUGUAUUGUAAAUAAUGUUAUUAAACAUGUGUACUUGCAAUAUAAACUUUAAGAAACAUUUAUAUAAAUUAUUUUUAGAAAUAUAGCAGUAAUGUGAAAGUUUUCGACUCUUGUACAAUGCUAUCGAAACAAAUGUUAUUUAUAAUGAUAAGAAUAACAUAUAUUUAUAUUAGAAUUGUACUAUAUGAUAUAUGAGAAUUGUACUAUUUAGUAUAAAUCACAUAAACUCUCUAUAAGACUGUAAUAACAAACACAAUAUGUGUAAACAAGAAAGUAAUUUUAUAUUUUAUAUAUGAGUAAAAAGGGAGAAGAUAAAUAUUAUUAGCAGAAAGAAAUCAUCUUUUUAUAUAUAUAAUAUUAUAAAUUAUAUAUAUGUUCUUUAUACAAUAUAACUUGUAUAAAAUAAUUAAUUGCUAUAUUAUUAUUUCGAAAAUGAUAAAAUGUCUUUAUCGCGGUAAAUUUUUUUUGCACGAAUGUGAAAAGUAGAAAUAAUAUUUUGUAAAUUCCUUAUAUAUAGGAAUAUAAGAAAAAGAGAUUAAUGUAAAUAAAUAACUAAAUAAAUAUGUAUAUAAAUAAAUGUCUUUAUAUAAAAAUUGAGAAAAUUGAAAAAUAUAAUAUACAUAUAUAAUAAUUCGAUGUGUAUGUUGUGUAUAUAUAUAUUAACAAUAAAAGAGAGAAAAUAAGCAAUUGCUUCCGAAUGAAACAGUGACAAACUAAUGACGAACUAAUACAGUUUAAUGCUAUUUCCAUUUAACAACUUUACUAUGCAACAAUCGCAACUAAACUAGAGCAGAGCAGACUGGAGAUUGAGACUAGAAUAAUACGCAAAAUACAACUAUUGCCAGCGCCAGAGCCAAGUGGAAUGUAAGAUCCCCUCUCUAUCCCAUCGGCUUCGAAUACCGAGCGUUUACGAAUGUCAACGAAGGGAUGCCUAGUGUACAUCGCGCAAUCAGCAUCAUCGCUUUCAGAUGGUGGGAAAAUAGUGGGAGAUCUCUCACGCAUUUCGUAUGCAGCUGUCGCAGCUACGUAGUAUUGUGCCAUUCAUAUCUUUAGUCUAUUUGUAACUAUUCUAGAGUGAGGUUGCAAUGGAAUCAGUCGUAUGUCGCUAUAUACAUUCGCUCCUUUUUACCAGCAUCACGAUUAUUCAUGGCCAAAUUUAAAACUUCAUCUUCGAGAAGCAGUGUCAUCGAUGAAAGUCCGACUGAUAAUUUUUCCCUGCGUAUAAAAUAAGUUUUGGAUAGAUUUCAAAGUGAAAGAUGAACGCGAUACGUUCAUAAAUGACUACAAAAACGAUGAGGAUUUCUUUUACGAGUUAUAUUUAUUGGCACAGAAGGUGAACAGAAACUACGCGAUAAAAGAUGCGAUGUAGAUAUGAAAAUAAAAUAUCGCACUAUUUGGCGAAAUUUCUUAUUAAAUAUAUAUACACAACAUGCAUUUCCGAAAUAGCAAUAUAAGAUUAAAGGUUGUAGAAAUAUUUGUGACACAAUGAGAUUGAUUAAUGUAAUAAAUCUGUUGUAGUGUGGCAA